ACGCUAAACCGCCACCCUGAAUCGACCGGGCUGAUUCAAAACGUCCCGCUCGUUCUCUCCCCUCCGCCCCCUCCAUCCCCGCCCCCGCCCUCCUCCUGCGCUAACAGCCUCUGUCGACGACUACGCAACGUUCUACGCAGAAUGACCGCACGACGGUCCGCAUCCACAACCUCGCUCGCAAAGUACGCGCGUGCAGAGCCAGAGCUCGCCAACCGCUCCUUCGACUUUUGUAACGCUUUCUGGGGCCAAGGCGAUGCUGGCGUCGACGUCCUCUUUGCCCGCAUGCGCGGCGCAACUCGCACAAUGGAGGAGCUAAAGACCUUCUGGAAGGAACGGUGUGCAAUCGAGGACGACUACGCGAAGCGACUCCAGAAACUUGCAAAGAUGGCAGUCGGGAGAGAUGAGAUUGGGGAGUUGAGAAACUCGCUCGAUACACUACGACUCGAGACCGACAAGCAGGCUAGUUACCAUCAGCAGCUCGCACAGCAGAUCAAACAGGAGCUCGAAUCCUCCACGAUCGCCUUCCAUGCCAAGCAACAGCACCACAAGAAGAACUACCAAGCUGCGAUUGAGAAAGAAUUCAAAGUCAAGCAAUCUCGCGAGCAGCACGCGAACAAAGCCCGCGACAAGUAUAGGAGCGACUGCCUUUCCAUCAACUCAUUCACCGCCCAGUCCACCCUUGUUCAGGGCAAGGAACUCGAAAAGAUCCGCACUCGUCUCGAACGCGCUCAACAAACCGUCCUCGUCAAUGAGAACGACUAUAAUCAGUUCACGCGCGUGCUACAGGAGACGAUGCAGAAGUGGGAGCAGGAUUGGAAGGCGUUCUGUGAUAGCUGCCAGGACCUCGAGGAGGAGCGACUGGAGUUCAUGAAGGACAACGUCUGGGCAUACGCCAAUGCCGUUUCGACCGUUUGCGUCCAGGAUGAUGAGGCCUGUGAAAAGACGCGUCUUGCCCUCGAGCAACUUGAGCCCGAGCGCGACAUGGAAAACUUCGUCCAGAACUAUGGGACUGGCAAUGGCAUCCCCACACAGCCCGAGCUCGUCAACUACAGCAGGCAGGGAGCGGCACAGCCAUCGUCGGACGAGCCCACCACCCGACCUUCCAACUUCCAGCGUGUUUCAAACCGCUCUGUAGCCGUAAAGAUGCCUCCCCCACCAGCCGAAGAAGAUCCUCAGGAUAACGUUAACCGCGCUGGCGUUGGUGCCGGAACCGGAGUGCGAACAGAGAGCCCCAUGGAUAGCCUCGCUCGUAGCGGGACCACGCGCCAGCCAAAUGGCUCGAGCGUCAACGGACACGUGUCUCCGCAACAAGACGCGAACAGGCGCAACAGCACGUACGCGGCCCGUCCGAUGGAUGCUGCAGACCCGUCCGUGAGUAACACGAUGCUGGUCGUCGGCGGCAACGCUUACAACGUCAAUCCCGACGCGGAUCCUCAGCAGCAACAGCAACAGCAGCAGCAGGCCAGGAACGGAUCCAUCUCUGGACAAGGCUCGCCUCCCGGAGACCAAAACGAUCCACUCUUCCGUCAGAUGGCGGAGCUCACAAGCGCUGCGAGCACCACGAGGCGCCCGACAAUACGCCAGGGCACGGAACCUGAGCGUCGCGGCACCGGCGACUCGCUCGCCACGCCCUCGAGCGGCAGCCAGUCGCAGAGGCGCGAUUACCGCAAGUCAGCUGAGAUUGUCGUGGGGUCGUACCCUGUCUCCCCUUCGCGCUCGGCUUCACCGAACCCGCCGACGGCGGUGAUGGCACAGCCACCCCAGCGCAGCGUGUCGCCCGCCGCGGCGAACGUGCCUGUCGAGGAGGUCGUGAGCAACUACCAACGCCCAUUCCCUGGCGAGGCUCGCAGCCGAUCCAACAGCUACAUCGCCGCGCCACCCAACGCACAGUCCCCACCGGCGCAGUCGCCCUCGACGCAGACGGCGCCCAAUGGGCGGCCGCUCAGCCGGGCCGGAUACGCCGGUAUCGGCACGGAGUCGCUCAUCCAGCGGCAGCCGUCUCCUUCGCGCGGCCUGGGUGCUCCUGGCGGGGCAGCGUCACCUCAGUACGGCAGCCAGGGUCACAGGGGUCAUACACCGUCGAGCGAUCUUGUUCGCCAGGGAUCGGCGAUGCAGCGGCCUGGGAGCGCUGCUGCAGGGAACCCUAUUGGCAUCUCGCUGGACGGGCACGGGCGCGUGCGCGAGGACAUCCCGCCGUGGCAGCAAAUCCAGCAGCAGCAGCAACAGCAGCAGCAACAGCAGCAGCAGCAGCAGCAGCAGCAGCAGCAACAACAACAACCUCCACCCCCGCCGCCGCCCCAGCAGCAACAGCAGCAGCAACUUCCGUCGCAGCCGUCCGCCCCAGGGGGGUACACCCAGUCGCCCCCAUACAGCGGGUACAACGACCGGCAGAUUGCCCAGCGCAACGAUUACGGCCCGCCCGGGUCCGCACCCGGGUACGGAGCGCCCCCGCAGAGUGCACCUCCGGCCGGGUACGGCGCACCGGCUCCUUACGGCGGUCCGCCGCCGCUACAAAGCCAGCCCAGCUACGGGCAACUGCAGCAGUACGGCGGCCCACCGCCGCCGCCGGCGAGCCAGCCGAGCUUCGGCUCGACGGGGUUCGCGAACGGACGAGGGCAGCAGAUGCAGAUGCAGCAGUACGGCCACCCUCAGGGCGGAGGGACUGGAGGAGGCGGGCAGUACGGGAGCUACGGCGGGGGCAAUCAGUAUGCGCGCUCGCCGAGCCCGCAGCCGCCGCGGAGUGGGGCGCCGCCGCCGACGGGUGCGUACACGGACGAUGGGAAGCCGAUUUUGUUCUAUGUGAAAGCGCUGUACGACUACGCGGCGACGAUCGACGAGGAGUUCGAUUUCCAGGCCGGCGACAUUAUCGCUGUCACUGACACGCCCGAGGAUGGAUGGUGGUCCGGCGAGCUGCUCGACGAGGCGCGGCGGCAGGGGGGGCGGCACGUGUUCCCGAGCAACUUUGUGUGCUUGUUCUAGAGCUUUUGACGGCGAUGACAGCUCUCUGGUACAUGCAUGUUCUUUGUCUCUUUUACUGCUCCUUAUUUGUUUCAUGUUCCACUGCUUAUAUCUCCGUGUGUCCUCUCUCUGCCUAUCUCGCUUACCACUGCCUCUCCCUCCCUGUCCCUCUCUCUCUGUUUCCAUUUUCCCUCUCUCUCUGUUUCCAUUUUCCCACUCUUUUCCUCGCAUCAUAUCUAUGUCCCUCGUUAUACAUACUGUCUCGUUUCUGUAUGUUUCCCGAUCGACCGCAGUGCGCAUCGGUUUGAACAUUGACACCUCUCGUACCUCCCUUUAUAUAUCUGUUUCAUCUCUGUGCUGAAGGUGUUAUACC